CAGAUUUACGGGAAGAACAGGAACGCACCAGUGAUCAUUUGGAGAAUUUGCAUGCGCGCUAAAGACACACCAACCUAGCUUUAUUAUCGUUGCUGUAACCGAUUAAACUAUGCUAGGGUGUUUCCGAGAUGUACCCGAAUAGUAUACGAGAUGCGUGGGUUAACGUAUUAAACAUUUUAACCCACUUUUAGUUCAAAGCGCGGCUCCUUUGUAGUUAGCUUUUAGCUAGCUUAGGACAUCUCGCAUGCUGAAGGAACAACAACAACAACAACAAGACCAAAUGUGGGACAGUUCGCACUUAAGUCUUUCUACGGAGGAACAGAAAGCGCUGGCCAAAAGAAUCACUGAGUUUCUAUCACAGUACAGAUACUUGUCGGAGUCGUACAUUAUUGAGUUCUUCACUGAGGAUUUAUGGCACGAGUUGCCUGUCAGCUGGCAGUCUGUUCUGCAGCAUCUGUCCUACCCGCAAAUAGCAGACCUUCUGCUGGAGGCUGAUCAUGGACACAGGAGGUAUCCAUGCGUUUGGCCGCUGUCCCUCUUGGCUUUCCGGACCACUGCUCACUCCCUCGCCUUUCCCAGAAGUUCCCGGCGAUCACGGGCCAGCCCCGAUGGUCAGGCCAAGCCCGAAGAGUUCCAGGAGAACCGGAACCAGAGCUCAGUGCUCUCACACGCCUUCCGCAAGCACGUCAAGCCCAAGAAGCAGCACGAGAUCCGCGAGCUGGGCACGCUGGUGAAGGAACUUUGUGAGCGGACUGGGUGCAACCGAGUCGUGGAUGUUGGUUCUGGGCAGGGACACCUGACUCGUUUCCUGUCGUUCGGGCUCGGCUUGUCGGUGACGGCAAUUGAGGCCGACCCUGCCCUGGUUGCCAUGGCGACCAAGUUUGAUGGACAGUUGCUGUGCGCCUUGGAGAAGGAGAGGCAGAAAAAACAGAAGUGUUCCUCUGAGCCACCAUCAUCAGAGACAUGUCCUCGCCAUGUGACGGCUUGGGUGGACCCCAAGGCAUCGUGGGAGGUCUUCAUCCAGCAGCUGGGCACAAACCACGGUGAUGGCGAAGGGUCAUUUACUCCUUGCAAAAAGAGACUCCGGUGCCCUGAGCAAACCUCCGAGGAGGCGGGGCCCUUCGAGGCAGGCAUCUGGCAAGACUUGGUCCUGACUGGUCUCCACGCCUGCGGGGACCUCAGCCCCACCCUCCUCCGCCAUUUUGUCAAAUGUCCUCACAUACGCGCCAUCACCUCCGUGGCGUGCUGCUACAUGAAGCUCACCACCAAAGAGCAGCCCGCUCCUCCAGGCGUGCUCGGACCUCACGAUCCGCCGCGAUCAGACCCCGAGUCCCUCGUCUGGGAGUUUGGCUACCCGAUGAGCGCGUACGUGCGGGGGCUGCCGGGACACCAGCUGUCCUACAAAGCGCGGGAGGCGGCGUGUCAUGCCAUGGAGGACUACGUGGAGAGGCUGCGUGAGGAGAGCGCGCUGCUGAGGACGCACUGCUGCCGCGCCGCACUAGAGGUCUUCAUCACGGGCAGCAGGCCGGAUCUGCGCAGGGCAGGAAUACAGACGGUGAAGAAAGCCCACUUGUUGACCUUCACCGAGUACGCCCGCUUGGGUCUGGCUCGCGUGGGCCUGCCGCCAUCCCUGCCUCUGGACACGGGGCGCCUGGAGGCCAUGUUGGCGCAGCGGGGCCAGGUGGUGGUCUUCUUCAGCCUGGCGCUGCUGUUGGCCCCCGUGGUAGAGACUCUGGUGCUUCUGGACCGCAUCAUCUACCUGCAGGAGAACGGGGUGCACAGCCAUCUGAUUCCUCUUUUCGACCCAAACUUUUCUCCGAGGAAUUUUGUGCUGGUGGCUCGGAAGACUCCAGGAUAAAAGUCUUCAAAGGAUUUUACAGUAUGUAGACUUCAAGCUAAGGGAAUUUCACCCUCACUUUUUAGAGGUUUUAUGACAACAAAAUACUGCGUGAUGUGUGUGUGUGUUUUUUUUUAAACUUGCAAUGUGAUAAAAAUCAUGCAAUAAAUCACAUACACCAUAAA